AUGUCACGGUUUUACGAGCAAGGCGCAGGGGAAGAUUUCUACCGCGGGCGAGCCCCGCGCCGCGACUUCUCGCCCGGUCCGUUUCCAGACGACAGGCCGCAGUAUCGCAAUUACACAUACAACCCAGGCCCUACACACGAGUAUCUCCAAGUUCCGGAUGACUACGGUCGUCCGCGCUCUCUGCCGCCUCAGCAUGGUGUCAUCCAACGCCCACCUUCUCGUCACGACCGCAGCGACGCCUACCGCACCCGGUCCUCCUCUCGUCCCAGCCGUCACGAACGUCAUUCCAACGACAGAAGCCCUAUUGAUCGCGCCCGCCAUGCAGUUGACAGCACCUUCACGCAGACCUCGUCCGGUCUGGGUGUCGGGCUCCUCGGCGCCGUUGUCGGCGGCCUAGCUGCACGCGAGGCGAGCGAUGCCGCCACGCGAUCGCGAGAUAAGAAGGCCGCGGCUGUAGGCUCGUAUAAGGGCCGUACGAGCGAGACUGACAGGUCGCGGGUCAUGUCGACUGUCGUCGGUGCCAUCGUCGGUGGCCUCGGAGCGAAUGCCAUCGAGAAGCGCUUCGAGAACGCCCGUGAAAGACAUCGAAGGGAGCAAGAGGCGUGGGAGCAGAAGUGGGGCUCAUCUGGUGGGCGGCCGCGCCGUGGUGACAGUCGCGGCAGAUUCUAUGAUCGAGACUUGGGAUGGGGUAACAGUGACGACUUUGGCACACCGGCUCACCGAAUGCCACGCAGGUUGGCGAGCCAUGAUGAAUUUCGGCACAGGGGGUGA